AUGGACGACGUCGAUAGGUUCUUUCAGAAGUCGCAUUACAACAUUAUUCGGAUUCUGUUGAGCAUCAGCGGCCUGUGGCCCUGUCACAACGCGCGCAAACGUCGCGCGAUAUAUCUCGGAUUUCUGUUCGUGUUCGGAUCUGGCUUGACGUUUGAGAUUCUGGGUAUAAUCGAGGUUUGGCCAGAUUCUUUCGAGGUAGUCGAUUGCUUGCCGUUGUUGACACUUGGUUUAGUAUCGAUUACGAAAUUGAUCUGCGCGGUGCACACGUUGCCGGAGAUUAAGAUACUUCUGGCGAAGAUGAGAGAGUAUCAAUACUCCCCCAAGUCGGACGAGGAGACUAAAAUACUACAUUCGUAUUCACUGUACGGGCGAAAUCUGGGAUACGUUUAUACAGGUAUCUUACUGAGUCAUACUGUAGUUUUCAUACUUUUGACACUAUUAAUUAAACUUUUGUACGUGGAACCUACCGAGGACAAUCCCUCGAAUAAUCUACGCGGCGCGCAAGCGGGACUGCCAUAUCGCGCCAAUUACAUGAUCGAUCUAGAAACCUACUAUAUCCCGAUUUUUUUACACACCGCUAUAUGCGUUACGUCUUAUUCGGUUUUGAUGCUCACAUUCGAUGUUUUGUAUCUGACGCUGGUUCAGCAUUGUUGCGGUUUGUUCGCGGCUCUAAGGUACUGCUUGGAAAAUAUACUCAAAUUUGAAACUUGCGACGACAAUUUUAUGCCGACAGCCAUGAAAAGUAAACUUCAUUCCGAUAUUGUGUAUAGUAUUCGAAGGCACAAAGAAGCGAUACGAUUCGUUGCUGUUAUGGAAGCGAUACACAAAAUACCUCUUUUCGUGCACGUUGGAGGUAAUAUAUCGCUUUUGAGUAUCGUCGGCUUUCAGGUAAUAACACACACAGAAGACAUAAAUCGCAUCUUGAGAAACGCUAGUUACCUCAGCGCGCUUCUCUUCAACACGUUCUUCGAAAAUUGGCAAGGCCAGAAGGUGAUCGACUCCAGCGAAAAGAUAUACGAAUCUGCGUACAAUGCAGAGUGGUAUAACAUGCCAAUGGCGCAGAAAAAACUUCUCAUGAUGAUCAUGAUGAGAAGCAAAAUCCCGUUAAGAAUAACGGCGGGUAAUAUAAUUGUUUUGUCGCAUGUAAAUUUCAAGGCGGUGUUACAUGCAUCGUCGUCGUAUUUCAUGUUACUACGAUCUAUGCAAUAAACAUUCCGAAUAAAAAAUAUCUAGAAGAUAUGUUCACACACAUUUGUUAUUAAUAACUUGAAGUUAUUCACUUCGCUUAAUUGUAUAUUAUAUUAUUUUUGCUAUAAUUGUAUAAACCGUAUCUUCAGAAUGUAGUAUUAAAAACGUAACUAAAGUCACGUGAC